AUGGUAUCCAGUUCGCUCCUCCUGUCCGCUGCGGCGCUGCUGCUGGUGUCGCCAUCGACGGCGUCCUCUGCAAGCGGCGCCGUCCAGGACAUCAUCGAGCAGCUCUCGACGGGCUGCCGUGCCGGCAUCGACGACUCGGCGGCCGUGGAGGAGAUUCGGCUCGGCCAGGAGGAGAUCAGCGAGAUGGUCACGUCCAUCCAGAAGCAGGCGGCGCAGGAGGCUGAGGAGUGUCCCAGCGGAUGGACGCGACACAGAGACAGCUGCUACCUGAUCCCGCUGUCCAAGUCGAGCUGGUACGAGGCGCAGCACCACUGCGCGGCGCUGGACCGGCGCGCGCGGCUCGCCACGGUGGCCCCGUCGGCGGGCGACUUCACGGAACAGCUGGUCGCCUCCACCAGAGGCAGCUACGGCGCCUGGAUCGGCCUGUCGCGUCUGGAGCAGGCUGGGGAGUUCGGCUGGAUUGACGGCGCGCGCCCGGUGGCUACGCGCUGGAACACGGGUGAGCCGAGCGGCGACGGCGACUGUGUGCACAUCUGGGGGCCGGAGCACGGCGCGGCGAAAGGCUGGAACGACCUGCCCUGCCAUAUCGCCAGUCAUAUCCUGUGUCAGAUCAAACUGAGGUAA